CGCGCCGUUGUUCAACCGUAGUCGCGUAGUAGAUACCUCCGUUGUUAUUUCGAUAAAUUGUCCAUUUUUUCGGUCCGGACCUACGCAUAAAUUGUGAUCCAUAAAGCUCUAUACUCUAUAGAACUGAAUGGCGUAUCGGGAAAACAACGGGACAGUCGUUUAUAUCCGCCUGCGAUGUUAAUUGUGUCGGAAGGAAAUUUUUGUUGAAGAAAAAAAAAAGAAAAAAAAUGGCGGAUUCCUCGUCGUCGGUAACAUAGAAACUCGGGGGCUCCGAAUCUAACUUCAGGUUAGCGUCGAUAAUGCAGGUAAACAGUGCGUCGUCGCGGGAAGUUACCUUGCGCGUCACGCGAAAUAAGUUAAAGUGAUGUCGCGACAUCGCGGGGAGCGAGACGCCUCGUAAAGCGUCCCCGUCUGUCAAACUCCCGUCGAGAUCGACGCGAUCGGGAUUCGAUCGAUCGGACGUGUCCGCGGUGGACGAGUGAACGCGCUCGGCGAUUCAGUGACAGUGUCGCAAGAGGAGCCUGACGAAAUUUCGCUGGCCAAGAUUCGGGAAUUCGCGUUGGAGCGAGGGUGCGCGAUCGGCCAUAUUGUUUAAAUUGCUGUGGGUCCAGCAGCGGCCAGCGUUACAUGUCUCCCGCGUCCAGGAGGAAUUGUCCCCUCAAUACGAUGCAGCAUUGAGCAACAUGUAUCUGAAUAGAAAGCGAUCUCGCUCUAGAUCUGGUUACGAUUCCAGUAGUGGCGCAGAAUCCGACAACGAGUAUGGCACGAGUAUGGUGAUGGUUGGUCAAGGCAAUCAAGUACAAAAUCAAGUGCAAAAUCAAAUAUCCAUUAACGUUUCAAGUCAUGGACAAGGAAAACACAUAAAUAAAGGAAGAUGGACCAAAGAUGAAGACGCUUUAUUAAAGCAACUAGUGAGCAAUGCAGAACAGAAUUCGCUCGGCACUAGUCUACGAUGGGACAUUAUAGCCAGUCAUUUCCCAGAUCGGAGCGACGUCCAGUGCCAACAGAGAUGGGCUAAAGUCGUGAAUCCGGAGUUAGUCAAGGGUCCGUGGACGAAAGAGGAGGAUGAGAAAGUGGUUGAACUCGUAGAGAAAUAUGGUCCGAAAAAGUGGACAUUGAUAGCACGAAAUCUUAAAGGCCGUAUUGGUAAACAAUGCCGAGAACGAUGGCACAAUCACUUGAAUCCGGAAAUAAAAAAAACUGCGUGGACGGAGGCUGAGGAUAGAAUAAUCGUCGAGGCUCAUCGUAAGUUUGGCAAUCAAUGGGCGAAGAUUGCCAAGCUGUUGCCGGGUAGGACUGAUAAUGCGAUUAAAAAUCAUUGGAACAGCACAAUGAGAAGGAAAUACGAAAGCGAAGAAGGAAGAGCCGCGAUCAAAGAUCUUACAGGUAGGGGCAAAAGGAAAAGUACAGAAGACACUACUACCAUGAGAGAUCUAGAAGACGGCGUUUGUGAUCCAAGUCGGAUAAAAACUGAGUUAAUCGAUGACGAGAAUGUCUCACCGCUAACAAUCGGCGGCACUUCGCAGACUCUCGAUAUUGAUUUGGACUGGAUAAAAACUUUGGACCAUCAGCACCUUACAUCGCCAGGAUACUUGGAUACAAUGUUAUUGUCAAACAAGUGUACACGCGACAAUGAAAAGAACAUGCAAUCUCCAUCGAAGAGAGCUUCUUCUCGAACGAAAUCUGAGACGAUUCCAUCAUUCUCCAAAUAUUGCAGUAUGUUAGAAGAAACACCGAGAGGCGGGGAAAUAAAAUUAAUACCGAUGCCUGACUUGGAGGAGAUAUCUGUGCAUACAGAUAAAAAGAGUCCGCCUCCUAUAUUACGCAGACGCAAAAAUAUACAUUGUCUGCAGAGGCUAGAGGAUACUCCUGACAGCGGAAAUCAAUCCUUAGAUUACAAUAUAAUAGUUCAACAAACGCAAACGGGAAACACAACUCCUUCGACUCCUAUCAAACAGCUCCCGUUCAGUCCCUCGCAAUUCUUGAACAAUCUGAGUCCGGAAACAUCCUGGCCGCGCGCGAGUACUCCUAAAGGGAGCAGUCCCGGUCCCCUUACGACUCCGCAACCUACCGGUCUUCGGCGAAAUCAGAACGACGAUAAUACACCAAGGACACCGACGCCGUUUAAAAUCGCUAUGGCCGAGAUCGAACGACUAACUGGAGUGACACAGUUACCCGCUACUCCUAGUCGUCUGGACGCUCUGACGGAAAUAAUCAAACAGGAGACCGAUCGCGAGAGUCUGGCUAGUACGAGUACAAUUCUCCAGGACUCGGGUUACAACACAGUACGAAGACGCGGCAAAGAGAACAGUGCGCCAGGAGGAAAACGAGCGCGCAAGGCUCUUUGCCAAGCUUGGACCCAAGACAAUUCCGAGAUGAGUUUUCUCGUGGAAACACCAAGUAAGAAUUUGGACGCCUCCAUGCUAUUCUCACCCGAAUCCAUGGCACUGGAAGAUAGUUUCUUAACGGCAGGAACUAGUCCAGUAAAGACUCCUCACGACAUUACGUCCGUACAACUACGGAAGCCAAAUGCCAAGAGAGCGAUUACGUUCGACGUGUUCGACAGUCCUUCUUGUAUCUUCAGUCCUCUGCCUCUUAGGCCGACAAAACGACUGAAGUCACAAUUGGAACCACAAUGGGCAACAGUGGCAUGUGGUCGCACGCGUGACCAACUCGAGAUGACUCGCGCCGCCCGACGUUUUCUAAGCAGUCACGGAUACCUGCCGUUACGUCCACGUUCUUUGAAUUUUUGAAGAAGAAAGUAGAAGAAAAAAUGGAAAAGCGAAAAAACCGCAAGUCGCUCGGUCGCACUUGUACAACAAAAAAAAACACAAAACUAGUCGUAGAGAAAGAUAAUAGGGCGCUUCUGUUCAAAGAAUCGGACAGUCAUUACCUCAGAUAAUCCACCUAUAAUAAAGUCUUGAGAAAUUAAGCGUCAAAUUCAAUCGGUUGACUUUGAUGAUGGAUUAUCAAUUCUAUUCAGUGCGCGAGUGAUGGUUUUUUCCAUAAAAAACCGACAGAAAUACAUGUCUUUAUUGUUUACUUUUCAAAUACUCUUUAGUGUAAAUAAAAUUAGAAAAUUUAAGAAAGGCAUCAGAGAAGGAAUAUGCGUACUUCUCAUCAUUUAAUAAUAAAUCUCUCUUUUCCUAUAUAUUGGAUAAUGAGAAGUACAUCUUUCCUUUUUCCUCUUUCCCGUACUUAAAUAUUAUAAUUUUAUUUACAAUUGUGCUCCCUUAAUAAAUUCUGUUUUAUGAGAGAAUAAUCUCUGCAUAUUUUAUGCUCUAUAUUUGAUAGUAAAAUUAUUUUAACAUGGUAUAUACGAUAUAUAUAUAUAUAUAUAUACAUACAGCAAUAAUUAUAAUAAUUAGGCAUUCGUUUAUAAUGCGUUUAUCCUACUUUUCAAAAGAUAUUUAUGACAAAAAUAAAGAUUAUUCUUUCAUAGAACAGAACUCGCCGCCAAAUAAUAACUUUGCAAUUUUUAUCGUGAAAUUUAUAUAUUAUAAUAUCCGGGAGACAUUGAAUAAAAAUGCAGAUAUUAAAUUUUAUAUUACAUUAUUAUCUUAUCUGUAAUAUACAUUUGCUACGUGAAAAUAUUGAAUUCUUGUCAUCUUCUUUAUUAUGGGAAAAGAUUAGUAGAAUAGAAUUAUAACCAAUUUAUUUGAUAUAGUGUAUAUUAUACAUAAUAUAAAACAAAAGCGUUGUUGCGGCCGUUAUGUACAAAGAGCCAUUUGUAACUAGUAUUUAAUUUACAAAUGAAUAUAAUAAAAAAUAUGAUAUAAUCACAACGAA